AUGUUCGGCUCCCCGUCUUCCGCAACUGAACUAGUAGGUCGCAACAGCCUCCUGAUGGGAGUGUUGAAUCCCUUUAAGAAUGCCCUUCGACAAAUCGGCCGUUCCAUCGCGAGCACACCCGUUUACUUUUGGAUUUACAUUUGCGUUUUGAUUUAUGUAACGCGAAAACUCACCUAUAAUCACGGCAUCGGCCGAAAGCGCUGCAUCGUUGGUGGCAGAUCCGUCCUGGUUACGUCCGCUGAGGAGGAGAUCGCGAGCAACGUGAUCGACAUUGAUAAGAUUGAAGAAACCUUCGAGGAUGUUGGGGGGUUGCAAGAGGUGAAGCAGAUCUUGACGGAGCACAUCAUAUGGCCUUUUAAACGACCGGAGCUGUUCGAUGGGAGGUCCGUGCGCUCGCAUCCAAAGGGCGUUCUUUUGUAUGGUCCGCCGGGCACCGGCAAGACCCUCCUCGCUCGCGCGCUUUCAAAAGAGCUCGGUUGCUCCUUCAUCAACGUCAAGGUGGAAUCCAUCUUUUCGAAGUGGGUUGGGGAUACGGAGAAGAACGCCGCGGCGAUCUUUACCUUGGCGGAAAAGAUCGCCCCUUGCGUGAUUUUUAUUGACGAGAUUGACGCCUUACUCGGGGUGCGCAACUUCCAGGAUUCGACGCCGCAUACCCAUGCGAAGACGAUUUUUAUGACGCAUUGGGAUGGGUUAGAAAAGAAAAACUCCGCCCGCAUAAUCGUUGUCGGCGCGACCAACCGCUCUCUCACGAUCGACAAUGCGAUCCGACGGCGGAUGCCGCUGCAAAUAGAGGUGCCGCCGCCUGACUUAAAGGCGCGAGAGAUGAUCCUUCGUAUCGUUCUUAAGUACGAUUUAGAGAAGAAUCCGCUGAAAGAAGGACUUAUUCAGUACGUCGCGAUCAAAACCUCCGGGUAUACGGGAUCGGAUUUGAUGGAGCUAUGCAAGGCGGCCGCGUUAAUCCCCUUGCGAGAGAUGAGCGGUCGUGGGGAGUUGGGGGAAUUACCUCAGAUGACGCAGGAGCACUUUGAUGAAGCUAUGAGGCGUAUUAAACCAACCUUGUAG